AUGCCGUCAAGAGAAGCAAAAGUUUACCUUGAAGCAAAGUUGAAGAAAAAGCAGCAAGAAAAUAUAGAAAUUCAGUUCAUGAUUGCUGUAUUCUGUUUACUAUUCGUUUAUAAACAUGUUUCGAUUGCGGAUAUGAAGGACAUGCCUAUAAGGGCUCAUACUUGUGUCCAGAAUAUAAUGAAGCGAAAGUCCGGAAAAGACGACUACGAAACAAAGCAAGCUAAAGAUAAAGGCAAAAAGAGAAGGCUAGAAGCAAAAAAAGCAUCGCCAUCGAAUACUGUCAUAUGCAAGCACUGUGGUCUAAGUUGUCACUCAACUAAAGCUUUCUUUGCUUGCCAACAACAUAUUACUACUAAAGCGAAGCUCCUUCGAACAAACUAUUCAGAUAAGUAUGAGCUUUACGCUCGGAAACUGCCGCUUGUAACCUACGUGGACGGUGUUUUUGAUGCUGAGCGCAGUAUCUUACGGAAAGAGCAUGAAGGAUUCCAGCAAAAAGUGAUUGAGCUGUGCAGAUUUAUACGGGACGUCACAACCAGAGCGCAGCUUUUCAUGAAUUACUACAUUAUAAGAAGCCUAGUCUUGGGCCAAAAAAUUAUCAACAAAGCCUACAUUAACUACACUGUGGCUCUGCAAUUUCAAUCCUUACAGAAAAUGGAAAUCGCAGUGACAUUCAUCAACUGCAUUAAAUGCCAAAAGUCUGCUACAUGGCAACGCUGCAGAAUAGCAGCAGAAGCAGCAAUGGACAGGCAAAUAUAA